AUGUCUGCACGCUCGAAGAAGUCAAAACAAUUGCAAGCGACGUCUGAAAAGGUUUCCACGCCGAAAAAGGCAGAUCAUUCUCGAGCUACAUCUUCUACCGGCACCUCUGCUUCUGAAUGCACCGAGCAUAGGUCGUCUAGCCCUCUCGCUAUCAGCCGGGUUGAUGAAAAAGAGGAAUUAGCUCAUCUGAAUGAUCGUCUUGCAUCUUACAUAGACUAUGUGCGCAAGUUGGAACGGGACAAAGAGUGUUUGACUCGCCGCAUUUCUACAAUUUCUGAAGAGCGUCUCUCUCAAGUUGAUGAGGCUAGAAAAACCUAUGAGAAAGAAAUCGCAUCACUGCGACGUCUUGUCGAUGAUUUAGCCAAGGAAAAAGCAGCAAAAGAAGUAGAACUUAAAAAGCAUAUUGAUGACAUGAAUGAUGCAAAGGCAAAGCUUUGCAAGCGCGAUGCAGAGGUUCGUAGUCUUCAGCUCAAAGUUGACACACUCGAACGUGAUGUUGCUAUGUACAAACAGGAUUAUGAUCGAUAUCAACAGCUUCGUCCUGAAUACGACGAGGUGGAAAAGAAGCUAGAGGCUACGCGCAAAGGUCUUGAAGCCGAGACAGUUUUGCGCACAGAUCUGGAGAAUAAGGUCGCUAGUUUGCGGGAGGAACUGGACUUCAAGGAUCGCCUCUUUCAGGAGGAAAGAUCAAAGCUUGUUAUGCGAACUCUCACUGUUGAAGAGGAGGUUGAAGACAGAAAAGCCGCGGAGUUUGAGUCGCGUUUGGCUGAUGAGCUUCAGGCUUAUAGACAGCAGACUAAUGAUGAGCUGCAGCAGUAUCGUAUUCAGAUGGAAACAACAUUCCAGACAAAACUGGAGCAACUACAACAGGCCAAUGCGGAAGCUAACAAAGACAGUGGGAGGCUGAACGACGAGUUACUGGUUAUGCGUCGGCGCUGUGAUGACCUCUGUCAUGAGUUGGCCAAGAAGACGCGCGAGGUGGAUCUUUUGCAGAACCGUGUUCAUGACUUAGAGAGCCUCCUCAACAAGGCCCAUGACGACUAUCAGGCUCAGCUUGCAGCUGAGCGGGACGAAAUUAAGCGGCUCAAAGCAGAGCUGGAGCAAAGGUUUGCUGAGUUCACUGACCUCAUGAAUACAAAAAUUGCUCUGGAUCAGGAGAUUCUCAUGUACCGCAAAAUGCUUGAGGGUGAGGAGUCACGCCUAAAUCUCACUUCACCGAAGCGUACCAGCCCAUUCAGCGGUACUUAUAUGGGAGUAAAGAGGCGUCGGCUUGAUUCCGGCGACGAGUUGGAUGACGACUCGAGUUCCUGUGGGUCUCAGUUCGCAUUCCGUGUGUCGACAUCAGCUGUUGGAGACAUCGAGUUCACAGCCGAUCAAGACGGCUCAGGAAAGUGGAUUAAGCUGAUUAACGUCGCAAAGCAAGACAUUAACAUUGGCAAUUGGGCUCUGAAACAUCAGGCUGAUGGCGAGGAGGUGGUAUACAAAUUUGGUCGAGCUUUUAGCUUGAAACCUGGCGCCACUUGCACUGUUUGGAGUAGCGAUUCGGGUGUCACUCCCAAUCCUCCUGAAACUGUUGUUAUGAAAAAUCAGGUCUUCCAUUCCGGGGCCAAUAUCACCAUAACGCUCAUCAGUGAGGAUGAAAAGGCUAGUUUCUCUCGCUAUCUACAUGGGCUUUGUCUUGCUGCUUUCCCUCAUAUUCAAAUGCCUUCAUUUGCUCGUUCAAUGUCUGCUCGUAGCAAGAGGUCACAACAAGGGUCGGAGUCGACAAUCACCACUGCUAGGCGUACCACGUCUGUCACUGUUCCGUCUUCUGCGCCAUCAGGAGAUCGUCGACGCCAGCGUUCAGUGAGUCCACUGAAUAUCUCUCGUAACGAAGAGAAGGAAGAGUUGGCUGAGCUUAAUGACCGCCUUGCCUCCUAUAUCGAUUAUGUUCGCAAACUUGAGAUGGAUAAGGAGCAUCUGAAGCGCAAAAUUAAAACUUACUCAGAGGAACGUCUGAGCAAGCAUGAUGAUGCGCGGAAUACAUACGAGGCGGAGAUUGCCUCACUUCGUCGCCUUGUGGACGACUUAGCCAAGCAGAAAGCGGUGGCGGAGGUGGAGGCGGAGAAACACAAGGACGACGCAAAGACAGCUCAAUCAAAACUGGGCAAACGAGAGUCGGAAGUGCGUGGACUACAGCGCCGUGUUGAAGGUUUAGAGAGGGAUCUCACCGCCUACAAGCAGGAUCACGACCGUUACGAGGCACUUAAGCCUGAUUACGAUGCACUAGAGAAGAGAUGCACAGCUUUGCGGCGUGACCUUGACGCAGAAACGGUGCUUAGAAAUGAUCUUGAGAACAAGUUGGCAGGACUAAGAGAAGAGUUGAACUUUAAAAAUCGCCUACUGGAAGAGGAACGGUUGAAGGCAGUGGAGAGGACUAUCACAGUGGAGAGUGAAAUCGAAGAUAGGAAGGCAGCAGAGUACGAGUCUAAACUGUAUGACCAACUUCAGGCCUAUCGGGAUCAAACGGCGGAGGAUUUGUUGGCCUACAAGACUGAAAUGGAGCACACUUUUGAGAAUAAGUUAAAUCAACUGCGAGCAGCCAACAGUGAUGCCUCAAAAGAAACAGAUCGUCUGCGUGAUGAGCUCCUGGUGGUGCGUAAACGCAGCGACGAUUUGGAGCACGAAUUAGGCAAAAAAGUCGCCGAAGUAGAUCUCUUGAAACGGCGUGUUGAUGAACUGGAGCGCAUGCGUCGUCACGAGCGCGAUGACUACGAGAAGCGCCUUGCGCUCCAACGCGAGGAGCUGGCACGUCUCCAACGUGAACUGGAGAUCCAUUUCGCUGAGUUUGCUGAUCUCAUGAACACUAAGGUGGCGUUGGAUCAGGAGAUUCUGAUGUAUCGCAAGAUGCUUGAGGGUGAAGAGACGCGCCUCAACAUUCCAGUGAGUGGUCCACGUGAGGGUCCGGUUGCGGCAGGUGCAAAGCGCAGACGUCCACUUAAUGUGGACUACGACGAAGAGGAGGGAGAGGAGGAGGACGAGGGCAUCCACUCCACCAGCACGAGCUCCCUUGGUAGCUCCAUGCCGCGGGUCACUUACCGCGUCGCUACCAACUCCAACGGCAACAUCGAGUUCGCUCCUGACCAAAAUGAAAUGGGCAAAUGUGUGAAAAUUGUAAACUCCUCCGACGAGGCAUGUCAAAAUGGUCUUGGAACUGAAACCAACAUAGGCAAUUGGGUGCUGAAGCAAAAGGCGGACAGCCACGAAGUAACCUUCAAAUUUCCCCGUUCACUUAUUCUUCAGCCUGGAGCCAGUUGUCAGAUAUGGAACAGUGAUUCAGGUGCCACUAAUGACCCUCCCAAAGAUUUGGUUAUGAAGAAUCAGUCCUUCAAAAUGGGCACUAACAUCAGCUUUUCUCUGAUUGGAAAUGACAAGGAGGUAAGGAAACGCUCGGAACAAGCCAAUUGUCAAAUUACACGAGAGCAUGUUCGCUAUCCUCGAUUCUAUCCUCGUUCACAGUCGUCACUACCGUCGGAAGAGGUCAUCACCACAAUCAUAUUGACAACCCAUCUUGAUCUCAUGAACCCUUUCUUGAAGAAAUCCGGUCUGUGGACUUCUAAUGGCGUGCAUCGGCAAUUCCUCUGGGACGAUGCAGUGCUUCUCCGCGUCGUCAUGCCGGUCUCGGUGUUUAUACUUACACAGAGCAUUUGUUCGGUGUCUUUCUCACACCCUGCGCUACUGGUUCACGUCAUGUGGUUACUGCGGCUGUACACAGACCUUCAUGGACCAAUUGAGAAAUCAGGUUCACAAAAGUAG